GAGGCUGUGGAUCCUAUUCGGUCAGUAGUGUCGCCGAAGUCGUGGAGUUUGUGUUGAAACAGCGGAUACAAUUGACCAUCGUACGCAAUUACUUCAUCAAUUCCAGAUCAAGAAAAUUGCGAACAAUCAGGUAAUUAAUUUUCGAGGAAAAAAACACUAGAAAAAAUGCCGAAAGGAAAAGCAGAGCCGGAAGAAAGUGCGAUGGGCUUCAAAGACAAGCAGAAGGCAUUAGAUACUUUGAAAGUGUUGGAUGGUCGUGACAUCAGUUAUCAGUACAACGUUAUCAGUGGCUUCGUCAGACGCGGAAAGCGCGUUUUGGAAAUUACUAAGGAUUCAGAGAAGCUCGCGAAAAUUCGAGAAGCCCUGGAGGUUUUCAACGAGUGGUUGGAAGAUUAUAAGGAGAAGGGAAGGAGUAAAGAAAAUUUCAGUUAUUUAUCCUUAGACAUUGUUGACGCCUACCGAGCACUUGCUGAACGUUAUGGAAUCCUAGAAGAAGACUUUCUCAGAGCGUACACAGAGGAAAAAGGAGACUACAAAAACCUCCGGGAGGUGAAAACCCCAGCAGGAGACGUGACAUGGGACAUCGAGAGAAAUAGAAGGCUGAAGGAAAUAGUCUCCAAAAUGAAAUCAAAUUACAUACCUUGGUACAAAGUUGACGAUGGAGCUUACCGAGGUUUACCCACUGAGGAACACGUCAAUUGUAUUUUACUAGGAUACAGCCCGGAGCCGAUAAAAGUAAAAAAAUUACUUUCCCAAGUUCUUGACAAGUGUUCCGACGCAGGUGAAUCCCGAGAUGGCAUUGAUUCUGUGCCCUGUGAUAGAAGUAAUAAACGAACAUUUGAUGGAUCUGAUUCUGGUGAGAGCUGUGGCCCUGAAGUGAAAGAUAAAAGUUUGAAGAAAAGGAAGUCAGUAGAACAAUCUGAAGGACAGAAUGAAUAAUUUUUUCAAAUGUGAAGGUAGCAAAGUCCAAUUGCUUUUAACUAAAGUUUUUGUGGCUUCCAUUUCGCGAAAGUUGUAAACGUAUUGUGGUAGAAUUUCUUUGAUAUUAUUUAGCACAUAAUAUAUGUCAAACUAAUAAAUAUUAAUAGUUAUAAUA